GUACGGAGUAUUGUAUAUAGGGUAGACUGGCCCAACAAGACUCCAUAAUCAUGACACUUUGUAUCCUUUUAUUUUGCUCAUCAACAACUUCCAUACGCUCGUCGUCGUCGUCGGUCGACUUCCUUUCGACCUCGUACCUCCACGACAACUUGAAAUCGACGAUAAAACUUGUGUCCUUUCCAUACACACGCGACAGACGCCACCACCACCGCCUAGUUCGCUCUUCAAAGGCCCUUCCAAAGUCUCUACACGUCACUCUCAAAUCUCGUGCGCCUAUACUCAUACCCCGCGGAUAUUGGCGACCCAAAGUGAGAAUUGCGAUCGAUCAGGUGCCAUCACACAAAGAGACUUUGCGCCCACCGGCCUAGCGAGCCGCCACCCAUUGCCGCCUGUGGUUGGACCGCCGGAUUGAAAAUUUCCUAGGCUCUCUAGGCGACCAGGCGACACUUUCUGCUCCCCGCUUCGCCGCACUCAAACAACCCCCUUCAACCCCCCUGAGCUCAUCGUUGGGCGCAUUGGCGAACGCGCUAAAUACAUUCCUCAUCGGAAAAUCCUACCUGUGUUCAUCCUACGGUCAUUUUCGCCUGCGCCCCGCGUCAUCCUUAUUACAACCCGCAGCCAAUAAUUUCGGGGUGGCUGCUCUCGUCGUCACCACCGUACAUCAACCACCAUGCGAGGUCCACGUCGCACUGUGCAUCAAGGUACCGCGACUACUUCUCCUCGUCAACCCACCACCACCACCGUCAACGACGUUGUUCUCGCCUUGCAACGCAAAUUAACCGCAAAUCAUCUAGAGCCAUCCCUCCACAUCAACCAGCGACGACCGUCGUUCUCGAUGGAUUCAUUAUUACACAAAAAGGACAAGAAGCGAGAUGACUCCAAAGACCGCAAUUCCAGAGAACCAAAGCGUCUCUCGCUCAACAUGCGCCACUCCAGCAAAUCCAAAGAUCGGGUCGCACAAUUAUCCCCUCGCAUUACCGCUCAUCAGCCCGGCCGUUUCGACAUGAUCAUUGAGUCGCCUCCUCUGGUACUGUACGGCAAUGUCAGUACUUCGACAGGAGCGCUCUUGUCUGGACGACUGAAAUUCCUGGUUGAAGAUCCAGCUGGCGAGGUACGCUUGAACAGUUUCACCAUGGUCCUCAAAGCCCGCAUCUCCAGCAAGAAGCCUGUAGGCAAAGAAUGCAAAGAGUGCAGCGACAAGGUCGACGAACUCAAGACUUGGACCUUCCUGUCUGAACCCAAGACCUUCUAUGCAGGUCAAGACAAUCAGUUUCCCUAUUCGUUCCUCUUUCCCGGUCACCUCCCUGCGACGACAAAUGCACCACUGGGCUCGAUACAGUACUCUCUCCAUGCCACCGCCCUCACAUCCACCGGCGAAAAGAUCCUCUACAACCACCCUUUGACCAUCCAGCGAGCUAUCCAACCAGGUCCCGACAAGUCCAGCAUUCGAAUCUUCCCACCUACAAACCUCACGGGUCGUGUACAACUACCACCCAUCGUCCACCCCAUUGGCACGUUCCCCGUCUCCAUGUCCUUGAGCGGGGUUGUGGAGAAGAAGGGCGACAGUCAAACCCGGUGGCGGUUGAGGAAACUCUCGUGGAGGGUCGAGGAGCACAGCAAAGUCAUCUCGACGCCUUGCGCGAAGCAUGCUCACAAAGUCAGCGAGGGAAAGUCCAUCUUGCAUACCGAGACGAGGAUCCUGGGCACCGACGAAAUGAAGACGGGCUGGAAGAGCGAUUUCGACACCAUCGGAGGAGAGAUCAACGUGGAAUUCGAAGCCUCCCUCGCCAGCAACUCCAAAUUCAAAGCCGUCUGCGACGUCGAGUCCCCUGCCGGCAUCGAAGUCAAACACAACCUGGUCAUUGAGCUGAUCGUGGCGGAGGAAUUCUGCCCCAGCAAGAACAGCCAACUGAUCACUCCCACCGGCGCUGCGCGCGUGCUUAGGAUGCAAUUCGCUCUCGUCGUCACAGAACGAGCUGGAAUGGGCAUCAGCUGGGACGAGGAGAUGCCUCCUGUCUACGAAGAUGUCCCCGAGAGCCCACCCGGAUACGGGAGCGCCGACAAGAACGACGGUGCCUGGGGCGGAGCCAUUAUCGAAGACUACAAUGGACCUGCCCUGGAGUAUGAAGAUCUCGAAACCAUGGGUACCGACACUUCGAUCUCUCGACCUUCCAGCUCAGGUCUCCCUAUGCGUCCUCGCCUUGCAGGCAGCAGGACUGACUCUGGCGAAGGACCCUCGACACCGAGACAGUACGUUGGUUUUACGAAUGACGAACUCAGCACCGAACCUCCUCGUUAUGCACUACGAGUCACGGAUGAAUCGAGUGAUGCCCACAGCGGUCCAGUCGAGGACACUGCUCAGGGUGUAGCCUCCACCGUGCAACCUUGAACAAUUCGAAAAAAACCAAAAUUCCCACUCCCAUACGAUACCCUUCCUACCGCUACGCAUAUACAUACACUCAACUUCACUAAUCGCGCUUUACGAUCGACGCCACGAGAGACGAUGUUUUUCUCAGUUCCUUUCUCUUUCUAUUUUCUUCUCUCUUUCCUUCUCCUUGAUUACCUAGGAUGUUAUUUAGGGUGGAGGAGGCGGUCUUGUCUUGUCGAAUCCGAACGAAAAGAAUGAUACCCUCAAAGUCUUGCAGCAGGCAUUCUUGGUCAACUGAGCAUUGGGGUCACCGGCGCACACACUUUUUUUUGUUUUUCGGUCUCUCAUUGUCCGGGUUGGUGUUUCUUUGGUUUUCUCCCCUCUUGGGUUGAGGUUUUUUUUUGAGUAAACGGUAUCAAGCAUAGAAUUUUACCAUGGAUGGAAUUGGGAAUAGGUCACCUUUUUUUUGGCUAUCAUGUCGUCGGAGGGAUGGCACAAAUAGGGACGGGGGAAAUGAGAUGGACGACUUGAUGUAGUACGAGUACAAGUACUUGGGGUUACUCUUCUCUUCUUUUCUCUGUUACGAUUGAAUCGAGUUGAGCCUCUCUGUUCCUGAACACAGAGGUUCCUCGGGAGAUAACAAAGUAAUUACAUGAUAAUUUUUGGUCCUUUGGAUUAAUUCAACCUUUUGAUGUC